CCAGAAACAUUAUCACUCUAUUGACCUUUGUUCUCUCUUUACAAGUUAUGGUAUUUUUUUUGUCACUUUUCAUAAGAUUUGGAUUCAUGGAUUUUGAUCAAUCCAUUAACAAGAAACCUUGUUCUUGUUCCUCUUUUCAUUUUCGUUUCUUUCUUUUUGGAUUUUAUUGCUGGGAUUGGGAAUUCUUAACUGCUCUUCUUCUUUUCAGCUUUUUCAAUUCCUUAUUACCAUAAUAAACAUAAAAAUUCUUCUUUUAUUCAUACACAUAAGGUUUAUAAGGAAAAAUAAUUAUAUCUAGUUACAUAACCUUUUCUUUAUUUCUUUUUUUUCCUUUUAUAAAUAUACUUCAGUUUGUUUUUUUAUUUGACAAUAAAAAAACUGUAGAAUUUGUGAGGUAAAAGUUUCAUCUAGAAGAUAAUGUCGCAACAAGAGCGAUCAACGGCCGCCGCGGCUUUUCUAACAAAAACUUACAAUAUGGUGGAUGAUCCUACGACGGAUGAUCUUAUUUGCUGGGGUAUCAAUGGAAAGAGUUUUGUUGUCAUUCAUCAUGCAGAGUUUUCGAGGGACUUACUUCCCAAAUAUUUUAAGCACAACAAUUUCUCUAGUUUUAUUCGACAGCUUAACACCUAUGGAUUCCGAAAAAUGGUUAGUGACAAAUGGGAGUUCGCCAACGAGAAUUUCAAGCGAGGAGAGAAGGAGCUACUGCCUGCAAUCAAGCGUCGAAAGAGCCAAUCAUAUGUGGCCAUAUCGAAUUACGGUCCCAAUGGCAUGGGCUCAACCUCGACCGGAUCAGGAUCAACGGAGCGAAAUAUCCAUCACAUGAAUUUAUUGAGCGAAAACGAGAAGCUGAAGAAGGAGAACGAGGAACUUAAGUGUCAAUUGGCUCUUGCGAAGAAGCAGUGCGACGAGCUUGUCGCUCUUAGUGGCAACAUCAAUGUUGGAGCUGAUCAGAUUAGCCCCAUCAUUCAGCAAGUAACAGGUGGGUCCAGCCAUGAUGCGGCGCGUUCUGAUGAUGCCGCUGUAGGAGAAGCUAAACUUAUGGGUGGAGAGGGUGUGAAGCUGUUCGGAGUUUGGAUGAAUGGUGAUGGAAAAGGGGAAGACAAAGUGAAGAUGGAAAAUGGCGAGGGGAACAGUCGCAAGAGGGGACAUGAAGAGCCAAUUGGUGGCGUCAACAAGGACACAUCUUAAGGAUGUUACAAUAAUUUUAAGUAGUUUAUUUUGUAGUUUGGAUUUGGUGAUGCACAGUGGUUUUUGGUUAUACAUUUUUAAAAUGUAUAACUUUUAUAAAACCAUCAUUAGACAAGUUUCAUGGAUAUGUUUUGUAGUACCUAUUCGUUUAGUUUUUAUUUUAUUUUACAGCAAUGAGGAUUUUUAGAGUGAACAUGGGAAAUGGAUUCACAACAUUCAAAUAGUGUGAUCUUGGGGUAAGAUAGUGAUUGUGAUUAUGUGUUCUAAUAUAAUCACUCACAAGCACAUGUUAGAUAACAAUGAGGGUCAAAACUCAUUGUAUUUAAAUUAUUUGAGUUUGUUACUGUUAAACUAAUGUACAAUUUUUGCCUCAACAACCAUCACAUGAAUUUUCACUCCAUCAGUAA